AUGAGUUGGUUUGAUGCUGCAGGAUUUGCAAAUAUAGCGAAAUCGGCAUUAAAAGAAGCUCAAAAGACAAUAGACAAGGCAUUAGAUAUUAAAGAAGAAGGAUCAGCAGUGCCAACAAAUACUCAAGUUGUUCCCAGUUCCACUGAGUUUUUCGAGACUUGGAAUGCCUCUCCAAAGGAUAUCAAUAUAAACAAAGAUAUCAUUUUCAGCCCCUCAAGAGAAGACAAGACAAUAACUAGUAUAUGGGGAUCAUUCACAGGAUCAUUUUUUGAGAACUCUGGCAUUGACAAAGAUAAAUCAAACUCCAUAAGCCUGGAAGACCCAGUUGAUGCUAGUGAUGAAAAUUUUAGUAAAAGCAAGUUAGUGGUUCAACAUAGUGAGGAUGGUGAUGAUGCCUGUGACAGUCAAACUGAAGGUACUAAGGAAUUACAGGUGUCAUUGGUCUUGGAGGAGAUAAACCUAGGCAAUAGGGAGAAUUGUACUGAGAAUCAAAUUGACACCAUCCCCUCAGUUCAAAUUCCUGAAAAACAAGAAUCCAUAAAUACAUGUGUUAAUAGGUUGUCAGCAAUAAGCACUGGAAGUGGAAGAACCAGUUCUGAAAGUGCUGAUAUUCUAACCUGCAGUACAGAAUGUACAACAAGUCCUGAAUCAGAAAUAUUAUCAGUUGGUCAGUCAAUAUCUACAUCUAGUUCAGCACUUGGUCCACAAGAAACCUCUGAUUCAGUAGAAGUAAUAGGCAAUAGUUUGACUAGCCCUAGCUCUGUUGAAGUUAUCAGCACCAACAGCACAAAAAGUAGCAGAAGGAGUUCUCAACACACUGAUGAAUUUGUUUCUCCACUCCAAUCACCAUAUAUAGAAGAACAAUGCUGUCCUGACGAAAAAGUUUCUCCAGAAAGCGUAGAAGUGAUACCAGAAGACCAAGAAGAAAACAGUAUUGAAGAUACAAUUUCAUACACAUCUGUGUCCGAAUGUACUUCGGCAACAGUCUUGGAUUCCGUUCCAAACUCAUUUUUAAAACAACAAAAGCCGCUUCAAGAUCCUUCGAAACGAAUAGAUUCAUUUGUAGAGAAUAACCCAAGUGAAAUUGCUUCCAGUCCAUAUGUGGACGCAAUCACUAGGGCCCCCAGUCGCACGACUAUGCACUUACCAUUAACGCAGGUCAAUAAAAUGUUGAUAGACACUCAACCUCAAAGUACCAAACAAGAAAUACCAAACCUACUACAAAAAACGAAUAUUAUCGAUAUUCCUUCUGAUAGUGAUAAUAUCAGCAGUAACUCGGAGUUAGACGUGUCUUUGGAUGAUGGCUCUCAAUCUGAUAAAACUAUGAUUAGUAGCGACAAUGUCAUGGAAAGCAGUAGCGAUACAAGUACAACAGAAACCAGUAGCCAUUCAGCCUAUUUGAAGAAUAUGCUAGCUGACGCUAUGACAGAAAAAUCAACAGAAACCCAAGAAUCGCCCAAACUCACCCGUUCGUCGAGUAAUGCAACAGAGUCUCUCAAAAGUAGUUCUGUAGAAUGCAUUUCAAUUUCACAAAUCGAUUUGCUUCCCAGAGAAAAUUCACCUAUCAGUUCAGAGAGCCGUUCUGAUUUGGUCAAAAUCGGUUCGGAUCAUACGUCUGGUCACACUUCUGGGGACGAGCUGGAAACGACAACUUCAUCCGAUAUAGAAAUUAUUUCCAGUCCGAAUGGAGACUCCAGUAGUACGCAAAGCCGACAGAGCCCUAUCAAGCACAAUAUCAAGUCCAAAUCAGAUGAUUCAGCGAUAGACUCUUUACUUUGCAAGAUGGCAAUGAAAAGGGUCAAAGGUCAUACAAGAGAACUAUCCGAGGCUUCUAGUGUUAGUGACGAUUUUCCCUCAGAAAUAGACAGGCUCCUGAAGAAGAUGGCCGAAAUGACCGAGAUUCUGGAAUCUAGAGAGUCGAAACUCAUUGACGUCAACCGCAGAAAUGUAGAGUUGCAGGAACUAAACAGUGAUUUGAAACUCCAAUUGGAUUCCAUACUAACUAAACAUCUUGAGAGCAUAGACGUCUCGCAAGUAACUGAGGAAUAUACUCAACGAUUAUCAGCAUUAGAAAAGAAAUUCCAACAGACUCUUAGAGAAAAGGAUAAUCUGAGAAAAGAAUUGGAACAAAUAAAGCAGGAAGCAGCAACUAGAGUGAGCAACUCGGAAAUGACUACUUUGUUGAGUGAAAAAGAAGAAGUAAUCAAGGAGUUGAGAGAAGAAGGGGAGAAAUUAUCCAAGCAGCAACUGCAACAUUCCAAUAUUAUCAAAAAGUUGAGGGCAAAAGAAAAAGAGAACGAAAAUAUCAUGAAAAAUUUGAGAGAAAGUAUAGAAGGAUUAUCAACAGAUGCAGAUAGAUUGAAAAAAUCAUUGGCGGCGAAGGAAGAUGUUGAAAGAACUCAAAUAGAAGCUGUGCACCAAUUAACAAAUAAGAACAAGAAAAUCGAAAACGAAUUAGUUAAAGUGAAAGGGCAGUUGGAUGAUUUAACACAAAAAUAUGACACGACAAAAAAAUCUUUAGAUGCUGCUAAAAAAGAAUUGAAUGAAAAACACAAAUUCAGUUCAGAAUUGUCGAUGAGAGAACAAAUGUUGGAGGCUAUAGAAAAAGAGAAAAAAUUGAUGGAAAUUCAAAAUGAGCAAAUGCAAAGUCAGUUGGAGGAUCUAAGGCAGAAAUUGAGACAAACUGAAGAAGAGAGUGGAAAAAAAGAGGAGAAGUAUAGAGAAGAAAGAAAUAAACUUAUGAGGAAGCUAGAAGAAGCAGAAGCAAGAAACGAAGAAUUGUCUCAGUUAGAAUUGGAAGUAAGCAAACCCUUGGUUCGGCAACUGGAGUCUCUACAAGCUACCCACACAAUGAAGACAGCUGCUUUCGAAAAAAUACAAGAGGAGCUUUUAGGGAAAAUCAGAGAAUUAAAUUCCAGAGUACAAACAUAUACAAGCUCUGAAAGAAUAGCUAAAGAGGAAUGUUUUCGACUCAGGUCGAAAUUGUCCGAGAUAGAAAAUCAACAUAGCAGUUCAAAUCACAAAAUAGAACAUUUAGAAAUGGAACUGGAGCAGCAAAAAACCGAAAGGUUACUGUUGGAACAAGAGCUGAAUAACAAGAUGGACGGUUUGAGUGAUGUAGUGAAAAAAAAUGAGGAAGCAAUUGUCGAUAAGGACAAACAAAUUUCCAACCUGCGACAUCAAUUAUCAUCUUUGCAGAAGUUGGCCUGUGAGGUUGAAACAAAGCAAGAUGAAAAUUCACAAGAAUCAAAUAGACCAAGUGAACCAGAGCCAACAGUGGUAGGUAGGACAUCACCACAAGCCGGCAGCAAUUCGCCCACUCUAAGUUUGGGAAAAGUCUCAAUUUCGGAUUCGUUUUGGUCACAGGAUGAACCCUUCGACGUCAACGCAGCUCCCAGAUACACCAACAUGUUCGAGAUGCAAAUGCUGCAGACCAACCUGAAGCAGCGCGAAGGGGAGCUGCAACAGCUGCAGUGGGAGCUGAACAGGCGGGAGCAGGAGAGAUCCCUGUUGAACGGCGAGAUUUCCACGCUGAUCACCAGAGUGGAGGAACUUGCUGGAAAAACUAGCGAGUUUGACGGCUUGAAGGCGAAAUUCGAGGAGCUGGAGAAACAGUACGAGACGUUGUGCCAGUUGUACGGCGAGAAGGUGGAAGAGAACGAGGAACUGAAACUGGAUUUGGUCGACGUGAAGGAUAUGUACCGGGGUCAGAUAGACGAGCUGUUGAGACAGCAGAAGCAGAAUGUGAAGUGA